GCGCGGCGCUUGGGACGCCGCCGGAGUCGCCUGGCAACUGGGUCGCCUGGCAACGGGCGUGCGCUACGGGAACCGCACACACUAAGUGGUUUCUAUAGAGCUUCGUUUUGAAAGCUAGAGAGUCACCCUCUGCAGGCGUGGAAAGAUGGCCCAUGCCCGGAUCUCUAUGUACCUCCCCCCUGACAUCAACCCCACCCAGGCUGCCAUUGCCUAUGGCUGCCGGGCUCUGCCCAAGCUGAACACGGAGCUGCAGUCGGAGGACCUGCUGACAAGGCAGAAAGCUCUCAUGGCUUUGUGUGACCUCAUGCAUGACCCCGAGCAUGUCUACGUUGCCAUCGACAUAGGCUGCUUGGAGAGCCUGAAAGCUCUGCUGAAGGAUGCUAACAACAUGGUUCGGAUCAAGGCCACCGAGGUGCUGUACAUCAUGGCGACCCAUAACGUGGGCAGAGAAGGCUUUUUGAAGCAUGACAUCAUCGUUGCUCUGUCCUUCCUGCUGAACGACCCCCAGAUAGCCUGUCGGGAGAACGUGCACUUGGCGUUCAAGCACCUGGCUCAGCUGCCUUCAGGGGCCCAGGGCAUUGUCAUUAGUGGCCUGAUCCCCUUACUGGUGUGGAAGCUGCAGAAGGAGGAGGAAAAGAUCCAGGAGCUCCUCCUGGACACGCUGGCGGCCUGCCUUGUGGAGGACGCCACCGAGGCCCUGAACAGCCGCGUGGUGCCCUUCCUGAAGGAGAAGCUCCUCAGUGACAAUGACAAUAUCCGCAGCAAAGCUGCCUACACGCUCAUGGCUGUCAGCAUCCCUCUGGAGGGCAAGAAACAGGUACGGAAGUUUGACGUCAUCCCCAUCCUGGUGCACCUGCUGAAAGACCCCGUGGAGGAGGUACAAGCCAACGCUGCUGGGGCCCUCAUGUACGCCACGGUGACCACUGCAGGGAAGUACGCCGCCCUGGACGCAGAAGCCAUCCACCCGCUCCUGAAUAUGCUGAAGUCCACCUUGAGAAAGGCCCGCCUGAACGCCAUCAAGGCCCUCACCAUGCUGGCUGAGGCCCCCGAGGGCCGCAAGAUCCUGCAGAUCUAUGUGCCCCGCUUCCGCGACCUUGAGGUGGAUACCAGCGAGGCUGAGCAGCGAGCGGCCCAGAUCGCCGUCAAAACCAUUGAGUGGAAGCCCUGAGCCUGACCCGAUAAGCCCCGUGCCUCAAUAAAUGCGCUGAAUCUCUUUC